AUGGACGACACAACCAAAGUCAUGCAAGUCUCCAAUGGCCAAUGGUACUAUGAAGAGUUCAUUCAAUAUCUUGCAACUGUCAUUGAAGAAUGCAAAAAAUACAAUUUCAAUGUCGUAGGCGGAACAUCUGAUGGAUAUGAUGUUAUAAAUACGAUUGCACAAUCGCUCCAAGAUCUUGGUUAUACAUACUUUCACAUUUAUGACUACUGCCAUUCGGCCAAGAAUCUGCGUAAUCAUUUCCUAUCUGCCCCGAUCUACACAAUCGACGGUGACCGAGCAGAAGAGCCAAAGGUAUCCUUUCGUAGGCUGUUCAACGAGUUUAUUGAACAAGAAGAGAAACCAAAGGCCGAAAGAGAGUGUUGUCUAUCCACUAAUCAUGUUGGGUAUAAAGUAUUGGUUUUUAUGUUUUGGAUUAAUCUUUAUUGUUUUACCAAUUUGACUGGAAUCUCUUCAAAUACAAUUACUGUUUUACCAACAAUAUCUUCAUUGUGUGCAUUUGGAAGACAAAUAUUUGGAUCAGAUGAAGUAUAA